CCACAGCGACAGUAGUUUGGAUUUAAAUUAAACUGUAAUAAAAAAUUGUGUUGUUUACUAACAUUUAAAUUUUAUUUUAUUGCGACUUGAUAAUUUUUAUAUGAUAGUAAAUUAUAUAAACAUAUUAUUACACAAAAGUCAAACUGAUACAUAGCUAAAUAGGAUUAUGGAAAUCUAAACGUAUAAAGCCUAUAUCCGACACUGUCGUCGCGUUAUUUAUUGGAGUUCAACAAUGGAGAGAGUUACAAUUUUAUUAGUCCUGCUUGUCAGCUUAUUAUUGUGUGACUGUGACAAUUUUCAAAAUGAAAGUAACGAACCCAGCGCAUAUACUUACGGUACGCCAAGAAAACGUGCCAAAAAUUACAUAGUAAAAAUCAACAAUAUCCAAGGCGAAGAGACACGAGAUUUUACAAUGAGCGAUGAGCCAUUAUUAGGUUCAUAUCCUUCUAAGAUACCGUCUUUAAUGGAUCAGUCAAAGUCCACUGGAUUUCUGCAGCCACAAGAAAUCAGUCUCGCUGAUCAAUGUUUUCUUAGGCCGCACUGUGAUUUUUUUAACAAGUACAGAACCAUGGAUGGUAGUUGUAAUAAUAUACUUUACCCAACUUGGGGACAAACUAACACGGCAAACACACGAAUUAUUCAGGCUAAUUAUUCAGAUGGUUAUUCCCAUCUAAGAAAGUCGGUAUCUGGUAGCGAAUUACCAGAAGUCCGAAAAAUACGUAAAACCAUAUUUAAAGAUAUUGACAAAUCUUCGGCAAAACAUAGUUUAUUUGUCAUGCAAUAUGCUCAAAUCAUUAACCAUGAUACUGCACGCACAUUAGACAAAGAAACAGGAUCUUAUGGCCCAGUGAAGUGUUGUAAUGAUGAUGGUUCAACAUUGGAAAUUCUACCAAAAGAAUGCCUUCAGAUUAGAAUCCCACACGAUGAACCAGAAUCUAAAUACCGAUGCUUAUCAGUUCCCAGAUCACUUGACACAUCGGAUAAGGGUUGUAACAUGAAACCAGUCAGACAAAUAUUCGGAGUCUCCAGUUUUCUCGACGCAUCGGUAUUAUACGGAACUGACUAUGAAACAUCGCGUUCUAUAAGAACAUUAAAAUAUGGAAAGCUCAGACGGCAGUUGGGACCUAAUGGAAAAUCGUUCUUACCCAAUGUAAAAAAAGCAACGGAACUCUGCAACGUAACUAAAGAUAACACAGUGUGCUACCUUUCAGUUGACCCAACAAUUAACGGAGCUCCACAAAUGGCAGUUGUUAUAACUUCAUUAUUGAGAUUACAUAACUAUUUAUGCGAUGAGCUUAUUUACUUGAAUCCAAAUUGGGAUGAUGAGCGAAUAUACCAAGAAGCCAGGAGAAUACUCAUAGCAAUGCACCAACAUAUUACAUACAAUGAAUUUGUUCCAAUACUUUUAGGAAGAGAUUUUGCCAGAGAAAACUAUUUACUACCGAUGACUGAUGGAUUUGACGAUAGUUACGAUCAAUAUUUAAAUCCGACCACAACAACUAGUUUUACAGCUGCUGCAUACAGAUCAGUGCAUAGCUCCAUUCGUGGAUUUAUUGAAAUGGUGAGUGAAGCCCGAAAUAUAACAUCGAGAAUACGGUUAAAAGAUUUCUUUUUUAAACCCGACAUAAUACAAAGACAAGGUAAUUAUGAUAGCUUCACUAGAGGAUUACUUAAGCAACAUGUACAAGAAAUAGAUCAAUAUUUUACAGAAGAGAUAAGUGAGUUCGCAAUCAGAUUUCCGGAAAGACACCGAAGAGUUGACUUGGUCAGCAUAGACAUGGCCCGCGGUAGAGAUUACGGAGAGCCGCCUUAUAAUAAAUUUAGGAAACUCUGCGGAUUGAAAGAGGCAAAGAAUUUUGACAGCUUGAUUGAUCAAAUGGAUAAAAAACAUAUCGAGGCCUUAUCGAAAAUGUACGAACACGUGGACGAUAUCGACUAUUACGUGGCAGGUCUCUUGGAAAAAUCAAAACCCGGAUCUCUGUUGGGUCAUACGUUCCAAUGUGUUGUCGGAGAGAUGUUUUUCAGAUUCAAGUAUGGCGAUCGAUAUUAUUACGAAUUCGGGAACCAGAUUGGUUCUUUUAAAUUAGAACAACUCAAUGAAAUAAGAAAAACGUCAUUAGCACUCCUUGUGUGUUUAACAUCAGACAUUUAUUCUGUACAGCGCAAUACGUUCGAAAUACCCAGCAGUCGUAAUCCAUUGGUACCUUGCAACUCUAUACCAAAACUCGAUUUGUCUGCCUGGAAGGAAGAUUAAAAUUAGAACCCCGCAAUGUUUGGACUACAUGCAUGUACGAUAUAUACUUUCUAAAUAUUAUACUCCUUUCGAGUCAGGAAAGGUCAACUUUGUAACUUUUAAUUGGAAAAUGUAUGUAAUUUAUUCAGAUUUUUGUCCAAAUAAAUUAUUAAAAAAAUA